GUUCUAAGGUUGCAAAAUGGAGGCGUCCAUGGAAACCCGAAUUUAGCAGGUGUUUGUAACGUCAUUAGUGCAUCAACUAAGUAUGGAGGCAGAGCGUGAGGAUCGAAUGGCCAACAUCUUUGCCAAAUUGGAUGGCAUGAAAGCAGACAGAGUAGAGCAGAAUAAAUUUGAAUCUUCGUCAGAACAGAAACCUCCAAAAACGUAUGAAGAAUAUGUGAAGUUGUAUGGUCUGAAAGAAUGGCCAGAACGUCUGACCUCAGAAGGACCUCUACACUUGCAAGAAGAGGGUGGAUUCCUUGGUGGACAGGAAGAUAUAUACAACUUGCUGAAGGAGGAAGCACCCAUUGACAUGACUUUGUUGGAUGACCUUGAAGACAGAUUACUGGAUUUGGAAAGAAAACUGAGACACUAUGCAGAUCAAAUUAUCACUGAAGAAACACGGUCAUCCAGAAGAGCAGAAAACUUGUUUUAUGCACCACCAAAAACUUUCUUGACACAAAUGGCAGAAUCAGAUGCUGUCAAAAUACAUCAUAGCAGCAAAGCCAAAAAGUCAAAGAAACUUUUAGCAAUGAAAUUUGCCACAUGGAAACCAGGGGAUCUGGCAGAGGUGAUGCUGGAGACGAGGAAAAAAGGUGUCGAGUUUUGUACAUUCCCUGGCUUCAGGAAGGGAGAGUUGACUGAGCUGCCAGCACAGCUAGAGACUCCACAAAUUCUACAUAGAGUGACCAAGGCACAGGACUUUAAUCGUGGCUUCAAAAAGAUGUGGAAGAAAGUUUUCUUAUCAGAAGCAUCAGUGGCAUUGAUGCAGGACACAUUCUGGUGGUUUUUUAUAAACAAGUAUGAGAAAUCCAAGCACAGCAGUGAGCAAGACCAACUGUUUGACAGAAUCGCAGACAGCUUUGUUGCCCUGUUUUCAAGUAUCCAUCCUGAUGUUAAGGACAAGUUUUUCCAGGUGUAUCCUGAGGCUCUUGCUCAAGCCAUCUAUUCUGCCUUCUUGGAGGCUUUCCCAGAGUCUAAAGUUCAAUUCCAUGAUGGUUUCAAACAAGAACUGCUCAAUACAACAUAUGAAUGGAUGACUGGUGUUAAGCCAGUUCCAGGAACUCACAAGCAAUGGAAUCUAAGAAGAUUGGAACCAAAAGCCAAAGCUACGGAUGAUAAUGCAAGGAUGCUGAAGGCAGAUCAGGAGAAAAAUGCAAAAGCCAAAUCAGACAUGGAAAACUUUGAGAAAUAUGUUAUGAGCUUUGGCAAUGAGCCGCGAGACCAGGAUGCUUCCAGAGAAAGCACAUCUAACAAAACUAGAGACCUGGUAUCCAGGGAGAUCACCAAGGCAACAAGGGAAACAACAGGCUCCCUGCCAACACAUACCCAGAAUAUGCUGACUCAAUCAAGAGUGGCCACCUGUGGAACACCAAGGAGAAACCCAGCGGAAUCUCAUCAAAUUGGACCAGGACCAGAAUUUGAACGUGUCAAGUUUAACUUAACUGGCCAGAGUCCCCUGAUAGCACACUACAUGCAUAUGAGACAGUUACAAGACCUGGAACAACCAGGCAGGAGGAUACGUAGGACAGAAAUAGCACAUCUACCUUUGCCGGCACCAACCUAUAAGCAGGUCAUCAACAAAUCCUUGGCAUUUUCUCAGGCAAUACAGAGGGAGUAUCAAAGAAUAACAGAGCAGACUAACCAAGAAAUAUUAAAACUUGAACUGAAGCGUUUAGAAACAAACCGUGAGAUAUCUAAAAUGAAGGACCAAGUAUCAGCAGCCAGAAACAGCAUGGAAUUGAAAAUGUUGCGGGAAAAACUGUGGGAAAAGAAAAUGGAGAGACAAACCCACACACCUCUUCCAUUGGGCAUGGAGAAUCCAUUUUCUGGAGGUGAUGAUGAGGAUGAAGAUGAUACAGAUGGUGCUAUGUAGAGCAACAUGUUAUCAAAUAAAACUGAAAAUGAUCAGUUUAAAAAUUGGGCAAAAAGUUUUCACUGACAUACAAAAUUUAUGUAAAGAACAUUUUAGUAAAUUCUCUAAUUAUUUUCAGUAGCAUGACAAAUCAGGUACAUGUAUUACAUGCAAAACUGAAACAAUGACAUGGCAUCAUUGGCAUGCUUGA